CUCUGGGGGCAGUUUCCUCAUGCACCGGUCUGUCGUCUGGUCGCACUGCUGGUAGCCAGUUUCAUUUCGUAGUCCGUGACAAAGCGAGCACUCGUGUUUGCUCAACUACGAAAUCCCAUCGGGACCGAAGCGAGUGCAUGUCACUUGCACCAGUCACCCACGAGAAAGGGACGAAACAAGUGUCGAAGGAAUAUGGCGGCGCAUUGGAACGUGCCACAGUGAUGCAGCGUACGCGCAACGAAACCCUCGACUUGGACUGACCAAAGAGGCCUCGCUCGCUAAACAUACAUCUGGCCAAAUGACAUGGGAAUUUGUAAUCGAAGGCACUUCUUGUUGACAAUAUGCGUCUUGCAACUCAUCGCUACCAUAGAGCGGCAAGUUUUCGACUUUCUGGGCUUUAUGUGGGCACCGAUACUGGUCAAUUUCUUCAAUAUUAUAUUCGUGAUCUUAGGAUUCUUUGGAGCCUUUCAGUAUAGACCUAAAUAUAUUAUAUCGUAUUGUGUAUGGAAUAUACUAUGGCUAGGGUGGAAUAUAUUCAUGAUAUGUUUCUACCUCAAUGUGGGUCUACUGGAUAAAAAUAGUGAUAUUUUAAACCUUGGUACCGGCAGUUUUUCCUGGUGGCACGUGAACGGACCAGGCUGUAAAGCUGUUUAUGACGUUACUGAGCCUGAAUUAUUCAGACCUGCACGACCUACAAACGUAACAGACUGUGUGCUAGAUUACGAAGUAGUUGAAAUUUUACACGCGUCUACACAAUGUAUUUUAGGUUUUGUUGCGAUUGUUGGGGGUAUUUGUCUCAGUAAGGUUUUCCUAGAAGAAGAUGAUAGCUUUGACUUUGUUGGAGGUGAUGACUUUGGGUUGGCAGGCCACACACCGUUACAUCCUAUGUACGUUAGCUACUCGGCUCUUCCGUCACCCGCCUACCCUCACAAAAAUUCCACUCAAAAUUACCCCGCAGGCACUGCCAGCUCCCAACAAUCCGUUUCUCAUGAUACCAGCUUUCCAAAACAUCAUGAAAAACAAUGCAAUAGCUCGGGACGAAGUAAAAAUAGUUUUAGAAAUGACACCAUCAGAACCAAUAGGAGCAACGUGUCUAAUCGCGAUUUGAAGUACGUAGAUUAUUCGAACGAUUACUCGAAUCCGUUGGAUCAUUUGCAGAGGCCAGUGUCUCCUUACGACGAGUACGAUUCGUUAGACAGUGCUGCUAAAUUGAGGUAUCAAAAGAACAAAUUGUAUUAUCCGCAGUCGUCAAAGUACAGUCCCGUCGCGUCGUCGCGCCUAAAAUCUCGACCUAUCGCUGCGAAGCAAACUAAAGCCUCAAAUAAGCCCAGAGUUUUUACAGAUCACGUUCGUGAACAGCCAUUGAGAUCGUUUUAUUCCGAUCCUAGAUUGGCGGUCGAAAACCAACAAAAUACAAGCGACCAAGAACAACCGAGUAGGUCUCAAAGAGACAGCAGGCCCCUCUCGUUAUAUGCCAGUAAUUUUUAGUGUUAGAAUUAAGCUUAGAGCGUUCCCUUUGUUUCCUUCUCUAGAGUUUCGCGUGAAAUUUCUUUCUAGUUUUGAAAACAUACGACUGAGGUUACGUUUACUACGACACUGUUGUUUCGUAUAAAAUUUUUAAGCGUGACACAUCAUUCCUAUACUUGCCAAAUAAAUAGAACAAUUAGAGUAGUUAGCUCAGGGUGUUUUCUUCGCCUUCGAUUUACAUUAAUCUAGAUUAGAAUUCUAUCAUUCUCUGUAACAUCACUCUAACGUUCGCCCGCGUUUUAAAGUAUUGACUUUAUAGUCUUCGCUUUCGUGUUCAUUUCAAUUGUGUACAAUUGUAUCGUAGCGAUACAGAUUUGUACGGGUACAUGCACUGUGAUACGUAUAGAGAUAUAAAUCAUGUCGUUUGAGGUAUUUUCGGUCGUCAAUUUAAAAACUUGUUCUCGCUGGAGAAUUUUUGAUACGGAAGAUGAAUCGUUACAUUCCGGAUGUACGGUGGGAAAAAGAAUUUUAUUGUAAACGUUCACGAAUGUUGCAGGAUUGUUCGACGCUUUGUUCAUGGUCCGUAGAUUUAUUUACAAUUUUUCUAACGAUAUUCCCUUUCGUGCGAAUAGUACUUGCUAAGGAUUCUUUUGACAACACGCGUGGCCUGGCUUGAAAAGUAGCACACGAAAGAAUUUUAGACUGCAUUUGAUUUAGCUUGUUGUAUCGUGACGGUGAACAAUGUUGUUUAUACGGUGCUGCGAGAACUUUUAUUUUAAGAACACGUCUGUAUAUUGCAGUAGUGCAUGCUAGUUCUUGUUUUUUUUUACAGUUUUAAGUUGGACGGAACGUUCGUUUUUUUAUAUUUCUUUUUCGAGCAACGAUUAAGCUACAUCGUUUACGUACGUAGAAGAAAGCACACGUGCGAUUCGAUGUUGCAAGAUACAAGACGGGUCUUCUAUAGAAUUUUAUUUGUAAUUAUGUAUUUUCAAAGUUAAUCUUUGACAUUCCAUAGAUUAUUGAUCGAAUGCUUAGUACUCCUCGAUAAAAAAAAAAGUAAAAUCUGAAGUGACAGUAAGCGUACGAGGAGACGUCUCUUUUUUUUUUUUUUUUUUUAUGAAAUACGGAGUCGUUCGUUCCUUGAUAGACUGCAUAUUUUAAUCGUGCAGUAUGUUUUAUAAGUUACGAAUCAAAAGCUAAGAAAAAUAUAUCAGUCAAGUGUGAUGAAUAACUAAUUAGUGCAAGAUAAUGUUACAGAGGAUUUGCUUUCAACUGUCGCAGAAGCUAAAGUCUUUAAAUUAAUGCAUAAUUAUUCUUAAUCGCAUGCAUGUCGAACAAACAUUGACUCGAGAGCUAAUUUGCACUACUAUGUUGCGGACCGUAGAUGUACAAUUAUUUUUCAACAAAGUAUGCCCUAUUGAUACUAUGAAUAAAUAGUGACUAAUUAUCAGUCUUGACAAGUUAUUUUGGUUACGACAUUUCGAUUCAUACGUUUUCAGUUUAUCUUCAGAAUGAAUAUAAUUAUACAUAUAUUCCACGCAUACAAAAUCAAAAUUACAAUUAUAAACGUUUGAGAGAAGGGGGGGGGGUAAAAAUAAUGAUAUCAAAACAGAUAAGAAAGUAGAAAAUGCAAUAACAGUAAAAAUGUGUCCGGUGUGAACUAAUGCGAAUUUAAAAGCUACGUAAAAAAUAUUAAAACGCAUACCUACAAUGUAAUUUGAAAAAGAAAAGUAAAAAGGAAGUUAUGGGAAAACAAUAAUAACCUAAAUAUAUAGAUGAGAACAAUUAUGAAUACAAUGUACAUUUAACAGGUUAUGUAAUUGUUUUCUGUUCUCUUCAGAUUACGAAGAUCAUACUCGAGCUUUCUUUCUUAUACAUGUGUGCCUUUAUAAUUUAGUAACAAAGCGAAGAAUACCUAUAACGGAGUACAUUUGGUUUUUAGAUAAUUCAAGAAUCUGGUAAUACUAUUUAUAGUUAUUUCAAAUCUUCCUAAAAUGUCUUCCUACGAACAAGUAUUUUUUGUGUUCUAUUAGGGUUCAAAUACAACCUUGAUAUGUCAAUACGUAGCAAAAAAAGUAUGUCGCCAUUAUCUACUUCUUCGUCUUCAAAACCUGGAUACGAGUUGAAACUAUAUUAUAAAAAUAGCUCAUUAAAGACUGAUAAUUAUCGAGUCAUUGUACCUAUAUAUUAUAAGUAAAUAUCCGCAGAAUUGAAAGGAGAAGAAUUGAGCUGCGCAAGUGCAAACAUACAGUUACGGAAGAAUAAAACGAGAACUUUUUUCGUAUUUCUGAAGCAAUAAAUAUAUUUUAAACAUUCAUCGUAGAUAUAUUAAAACUGAUUAGUAGGUUAAAUGUAUAUUAUUCAAUAUUUUUUUUUCCAUCACACUUCACCGAUACUAUUGUUAGCUUUGUUCGUUAUUUAUAACCACAAUCUGCAUACAAUCUAAGUACUUUUACCUUAAGUAGCCUUAAUUAAAACAUUGUUACUUAUCGAUUACAUAUUUAGUAUAUGUUGCAAUAUUUACGUAGGAUACCAAGAAAUUGUUACUUAAUCUUUUUACACUCUUAAUGGGGCACACUCGUACGGAGUUGUAAUUAUAAAUGUUGCUCAGUGAACGUUAAUUGUAUAUAUGAAUAUGUUCGUUUUAAGUUUAUCUGUACCCAUUUUACGUGAUUUAUUUAUAACACAGGAACACAUUAUUGUAUCGCGUUAGAGAAAUUAGAAAUUAGUGAAAUUAAAUACCUGACUACGAUCGUUGUACGUUCAGAGGUGUCACUUCAGAUACGUCGUUGGACGUAGCACAAUCCCUUUUUUUUUUGUUCGAAGCUUGUACAGUAGUCGCGUGUACUUCGUUUAAGGGCAUAGUUAUUAGUUUUAUAUUUAUUUACUGUAUCAUAUGAUUUACCUUGGUGCAGUUCAUUGGCGACAAUAAACGUGCAAUGCUACUACUUGCUUGCUUUUUUAUUUAUUAACCCCCGUUCUCUAUUUCUUUCUCUCCUCUCUCUCUCUCUCUCUAACAUUCUCCUCCUCUACGGUUUUUUUUUCGGGGAACUGUUUCGUAUGCUCAUUAGUUACUAUUUUGGUGAUCGUUCAUUUCAAAUCUUUACGUUACUGUACGGUUUAACCGAAAGUAAUAGGUUCCAAGAAUAUCUUCCAUAAUAAUAGUCUCUGUUUGGUUUAAUUUCACAUAAGUUGCAUGGAUUCUGCAUACGCUGAGCAUGUAAUUUUCAUAUUUACAUUGGGCCGAGACUAUAAAAAUAAUUUGAUAUUUCAAUACUGUAAAUAAAUU